ACAAAUAAAAUAAGAAUGAAUGUAAAUUAGUUCUUUGGUUUAAACUGAAAAUGUUGACAAAAACGAUGGAAUUUGUGAACUUUUGACAAUCUUGGUGUACUUGGUGUACUGUAAGUCUUUUCGAUAGUUCAUUCCUCCUAGACCAUAUCUCCAGCUAUGUCAAAGACAGCUAAGCAACAUUUCUAUUGGUUUUCGAGACGUAUCUAUGUACGAUCGAUGUCCUAGUGUCGUAAAUAACUGUAAGUUUUAUGCAAAAAACCUGGGACCAGAAGCAUUUCAUCAAGUUCCCGAUAUUUUCAAAGCAAUCAAUAAAAAAAGCAUUAUGUUUUCUUCAGUAUUUCUUCCCUUAAUUCCCUAGUUAGAAACCUACAUCUGUAGGUGAAAGUCUUUUCAUAGGUCUUCUGUUGCGGAAAGCCUUUUGCAGAUCUUCUGUGUGUGGGAUUUCUAUGGAUAGAAUAUCAUCUUGCCUCCCCACAAAUGCUUGACUUUUUGCACAGUCUUGAAUCCUGAAAACAUUGAUAUUUUUAUAAAAUCAUAUCCGAAAAGAUAGACUAUAUUGGUCCAUUUGUUCCUUGACCUCUUUUACAUAGGCGCAAAUUUUGAAAGCACACAUUAUCGGAUAACUUUUUCUGGCGCUGUAUCGGGACCAUAAAAAAUUACAAAUCCGAGGACGCUUUGGUCGUACGCUCAGAACAGAAUAUGCUGACAAAAGAAGCAACCUAAAGAAAUACUCGCUGAGGUCAUCACAUCGCAUGUAAUAAGUGUGCAGUGAUAUAUGUCUUCCGUCGAGUUCCAUACUGAUUUGUAAUCUUCCUAACACACUUUAUAUUGGUUUUAUGUCAUGGAUGCCACACCGAAUGUAUAAAAUCAAACUAACGACAUACCUACAUAUAUACAUGCCAGCUCUUACCAUCACGUCCAUUUUUGAUUAGUUAUUUUUCCAAUUGUUGGCAUUCGAAGUGGUUAAUUAUAAAAAUAAUGCCACUGUUUAUUGUGCCAGGUCUAUUUGCAAAACCCACCAGGUGAAACUAGUUGCCAUUUCCGUAUCAACCAGCAGACAAUAGCCGAAGAGUUUUUGCUUAGAAACGUGUUUGCCAUAAUUGUGGAAGGCAAUGAGGAUCGACCAUUUACUCUUGCCAUGCUCCUUUGUCAACGAGUGGAAAAUGUGCGAUAAUCGAUGAGGAAAACCAGUCCUGCCAGAUUACGGUCCAAAAAAAAAACAAAAACAAACGGCAUGGCAUGGCAAGUACAAUGUGCUCUACUAGCAACGCUGUCAUUAUUUUUAGUGACAUCGGCAGCCAUAUUUGAACAUGACACAAAUAUUGAAUUAAAUGACGGAGCGAAAAACUUGCAUCAGCAUUUUAAAACACGUUCUAGAAGAAAGGCUCCUAAUCAAGAAAAACGAGAUAUAAGCUUGGCUUACUCUGCGACAAAUAUCAAUUCUAAGGAGGGUACACAUGUAAAAACUGUGACCGUAAUUAAAAACAUCGGAACCGACCGGAACACGGGAACAUUGCAGAUAAACCCGGACCUGCAUAAAAAUGAGGAAUGGACAAAGGCGUUUAAAGAGAAUUUUAGUGCUUACGGAGUAAUACCCGACGUCCCCGACGUUGAAGAUCUAUUCGAGUAUGUGAAUAAAAAACAUAGCGCCUCUGAAGCCAAGGAGCCAAGUAAAAGCGACACCAGUGGAAAGAAGCAAAAGGAAAGUGUGCAGCCGCAGAAAACAGAAAAACCCGUGCUCGAAGUAUCCUCCGAGGAAUUUGUUGAGAAAAUCGAGGGCGAUGCUGAACUUUUGCCAAAAGUGAACACAAGCAAGUUAAAGACUCGAGAGUCGCUAGUAAAUUUUAACUACUCCACACCUCGACAUGCGGUACAUCAGUAUUUCGAUAACUAUGUGCAACAGAUCCCCAACUCCAAUAUCGGCUAUAUUUACCCCAAGCCAUGUGUUCACGAGCAACCUGUCGGAAGUGAGGUAGUUGUUACGCCUUAUGGAAAGACGUAUAAUAUACCCAAAAAUAACAGUAAUGCAGAUGUUAAUCCAUAUUUAGCUCCUUCAGUGACGAGGAGGCCCCAGAUAACUCAACAAACCCCAAACCCCACCCCACGUAGGCAAACAAAUGCUCCAGUUUUUCCCAUAAACUCUUUAUUACCACCUUUGCAACAGCAGCAACCGGGUCUUUCAGUACAACAAUCGAAUACAUUGGCCACUCAACAACCUGUUCCGGUCACACCGCAACAACAAAAAUCGCAGGCAUCACUUCCGUCAACAAGUCAACGCCCUUAUGUGGCGCCCAAUUUACGAUCAGGGUUGAAUGCCGUCAGCCGCGGACCAGCAGCAGUCGCCACCCCAAUUGCUGGCCCUCAAGCAAAUCCUGUAUACCGUAUAAAUUCGUAUAAUACCAUAUUUAAAAAGCCAAGUACUGCGAGAUCUCGAGGCCUGAAAUAUUAGAUAUUACAAAUAAAGUUAAUGUAAAAAUCCUA